AUGGCCAUCCGGGACCGAUUUCGUCGCGCCCUGCGCAGAUCUGACGACUCAGACACUAUUUCUCAGACAGACUCAAAUGCCACAACAGACUCGACCCGACAAAGCUCCAGCGACGAAUCGGCGCCUCAACUGUCGCUGAAAAAGACAAGCUCGGUGCUUUCAAGGCUAUUCAAGGACACCAAGGAGAAGGAGGCCAAGGCUGAGGAAAAGAACCGCAAGAAGAACAAGGGCAGGACCUGGAAGCAUCCCAGCGAAAAGCCCCUGACGGAACAAAACCUCAAGCACCAGGAGAUGCUCAGCCAUUUCACCAUGACAUUUGGCGCCAGCGACCCGAGCCAAGUCGUUGAUCUCGACUUUGACGGCAUCAGCCCGUGCUGCACUCGCAACGGCAGCCUCGACCUUGGAUCGCCAGACAGCAUCUGAUCUGAGCUUUCUGCAAUAUGCACGAUGCACAGCCGGGAACCGAUGCUUAUGCGACUUGCGACCGGAAAUUUUCCCCAUUCGCCAAGUCGAUCACCGGCUAUAUGGCUAUAUGCACGCAGCGCAUCGAUUCACACUUUCGGUACCUGACCAGGCACACAGCAACCAUGUGCUGGUUCAACAAUCCCUUCACUGGGGAAAAAAAAUUCAAUAUCGCCAUCCCUCGACGACUAUACAUCCUCUUCGACCUUGUCUUAUUUUACCUCUUAUUUUUUCGACCUCCUUUUUCUCCUACUUUCGCUGUUUUAAUAUACACGAUGCGGAGGAUGGACGCCACCUACACCUGCGCUAAACACCGGUGCCAAGCGUACCUGCAUGAGGGGACAGAUCUAGAUCUACUAGACCGUCGAGCCUCAUGUGACCGCUGCUUUUUUUAUUUCCUUGGUUCAGCAAUAUUCUUUCUUCGUGCAACCCACACCUCGGCUCCGGCACGAGGUGUGCGCGUUCACCCUGUGUUAUGUUUUAUCACGACGCAAACGGCUAUGACUAUGGGGGCGGCUUUUACAGCUAGAUAUGGGGGGUUCUGGCAUCUUGCACCGGCUUUUCUUUUGUCUAUUAUGGAAUUGGGCACAUUCUACAGGAGUAUCAUGCUUGCUGUAGACGGAUCAUGGCGUUGGACGGGAGCACUCGACACAGCUCGAGCAACUGGGUUACAUAUACAGUACACAAUAAUGUGCUCGUAUUUUGGUAGUUUUAGAAAAUAUUUUAAUGCAUUUCAGUAUUUACUUACACA